UUUUGUCCAUAUAUUCGUGUCAGUACUGCCCAUCCCUUCUCCCCCAGCGGCUAUCGUCGCUGAUUAGUGAGGAGAAGGGACUAAAUACUGGACCUUUACCCUAACCCCAGUCUUGCCAAAAUGGAAUCCCUUGGAGUUCUUUUCACGUAUCCCGUGGACUCCUACCUGGAGGAGGAGCUCGGAAGGCGAUGCAAGCUGUUCCGCCUCUGGGAUUCACCUCCGGAGAAGCGAAAGGAAUUCCUCCGGGCUAACUCCAGCCAGAUACGGGCGGUGGUGGGAAGCGCCGUGGUGGGAGCCGACUCUGAUUUGAUCGACUCGCUACCGAAGCUGGAGAUCAUUGCCUCCUUUAGCGUGGGGCUUGACAAGGUUGACCUCGAUAAGUGUAGGAAGAAGGGAAUUAGGGUUACCAACACCCCGGAUGUUCUUACGGAUGACGUCGCAGACCUCGCUAUUGGCUUGGCUAUCUGCACCAUGCGGCAGAUUUGUCAGAGCGAUCGCUUUGUGCGGAGCGGUGCCUGGUUGACCAAAGGGGGUUACCGGCUUACUUCUAAGUUUAGCGGCAAAAGAGUGGGAAUUAUUGGACUGGGCAGGAUUGGCUUAGGAAUUGCCAAGAGAGCUGAAGCUUUUAACUGCACUAUCAGCUACCAUUCAAGAACUGAGAAGCCAAACACAAACUACAAAUACUAUCCAAAUCUCAUUAACCUGGCAACAAACUCUGAUGUGCUUUUUGUAGCCUGUGCUCUCACAGAGGACACUUACCACAUCAUAAACAGAGACGUUAUUGAUGCAUUGGGCCCUAAGGGUGUCCUUGUGAACAUCGCCCGCGGAUCUCAUGUAGACGAGCCUGAGCUUGUUAAGGCACUUGUCGAAGGCCGAUUGGGAGGGGCGGGGCUCGACGUAUUUGAGAACGAACCUGAAGUACCGGAGGAGCUUAUCGGGCUUGACAAUGUGGUGCUGUUGCCUCAUGUAGGAAGCGGCACAGUGGAGACUCGCAAGGAAAUGGCCAACCUUGUUCUUGCCAAUUUGGAGGCUCAUGUGCAGAAGAAGCCUCUACUGACUCCAGUGGUGUGAUCUUCCUCAAGCGCCUCCUAUUUCAAGUAAAUCAAAUCAUUUUUGCUUUAAAUAACUGGUUGGUUGAUUUCCAUUACUGCAGUUCGAACUUCAUAUUUUGCCUCUUCAUAACCAACUUUUCUGCAUAAUCUGUACAAAGACAGAGGCUUCGUUUGGGAAGGCUUUCUUGUUGCUUCUUAAAACAAUUUUUUAGUGCAAAAAUUAAAAUUUUUAUAUUAAAAAGUUGCUUUAAGAAACAAUAAAAAAGCCGUCCCAAACGAAACCAGAAACUGAGUUCCCUGGCCUUGCAAUAUUCUUUAUGGUGUACUGAUUGGGCAUUUUGUUUACCUUGUGAACUAUAUAAAGCUUAAUAUCUUUGUUUUCAUU